GAACUAUCUGCAAGGCCACAACAUUGUAAAGAGAAAAAACAGGAAUCAAACUUGACAAUAAAAUGUGAAAAGAAGGCAGAAACCAAAAAUAAAAACUUUGUAAAAAGUGAAAGACACAGAUAACCUCCAAUUAUGCAAUUAAAAAGGUUAGGGUGAUUUUGUAAGAACAAAGGAACAUAAGGGCCAUUACUGCAACAAAGAUGAAAAUAUAAACAGAGAGGUUUUGCCAAUUCAGAGAAGAAGCAUCAAAAAGGAGAGAGAGAGCUCGAACUCUUCCGCCGUCGUCGUCGGAGAAUACAGUAAAAGAACCUAUAUAUACAUCUCAGACGUGACUCAUCAGAAGUCCGACAACGCUAACAGUUGACGGAGAUGGAGAAAGUAAAGAUCGAAGAGAUUCAGUCCACCGCUAAGAAACAGCGGAUUGCUACUCACACUCACAUCAAGGGUCUUGGCCUCGAGCCAACCGGAAUCCCUAUACCAUUGGCGGCUGGAUUUGUCGGUCAGCUUGAGGCAAGAGAGGCAGCUGGUCUUGUAGUGGACAUGAUCAAGCAGAAGAAAAUGGCUGGCAAGGCUCUUCUGCUCGCUGGACCUCCGGGGACAGGGAAAACAGCAUUGGCUCUUGGAAUAUCCCAAGAGCUGGGUAGUAAGGUUCCCUUCUGUCCAAUGGUUGGAUCUGAGGUUUACUCAUCGGAGGUUAAGAAGACUGAGGUUCUCAUGGAGAAUUUUAGGCGUGCCAUUGGGUUACGUAUCAAGGAAACCAAAGACGUCUACGAAGGAGAGGUUACGGAGCUGUCCCCAGAAGAAACUGAAAGUCUUACCGGAGGUUACGGCAAAAGCAUCAGUCAUGUUAUCAUUGGACUCAAGACAGUCAAAGGAACCAAACAACUUAAGUUGGAUCCCACUAUCUACGAUGCCUUGAUCAAGGAGAAGGUAGCUGUAGGAGAUGUUAUAUACAUUGAAGCAAACAGUGGAGCUGUAAAGCGGGUGGGUAGGAGUGAUGCUUUUGCCACUGAGUUCGAUCUGGAAGCAGAAGAAUAUGUUCCACUUCCCAAAGGAGAGGUUCACAAAAAGAAAGAGAUAGUGCAGGAUGUGACGCUUCAAGAUCUGGACGCAGCAAAUGCUCGACCUCAAGGCGGGCAGGAUAUACUUUCUUUGAUGGGCCAAAUGAUGAAACCCCGGAAGACUGAGAUCACUGAUAAGCUGCGCCAAGAAAUUAACAAGGUGGUGAACCGUUACAUAGAUGAAGGUGUUGCAGAGCUUGUUCCCGGAGUUCUAUUUAUCGAUGAGGUUCAUAUGCUUGAUAUGGAGUGUUUUUCUUACUUAAACCGUGCUCUUGAGAGCUCGUUAUCUCCGAUAGUGAUAUUCGCAACAAAUAGAGGAGUUUGCAACGUAAGAGGGACUGAUAUGCCGAGUCCCCAUGGAGUCCCUAUUGACUUGUUAGAUCGGUUGGUCAUUAUCAGGACCCAGAUCUAUAACCCCUCUGAAAUGAUACAGAUUAUAGCUAUCCGUGCGCAAGUAGAAGAGCUAACAGUGGAUGAAGAAUGCUUGGUCCUACUUGGGGACAUUGGGCAAAGAACAUCCUUAAGGCACGCGGUUCAGCUUCUGUCUCCUGCCAGUAUCGUGGCGAAAAUGAAUGGACGUGAUAAUAUUUGCAAGGCUGAUAUAGAGGAAGUAACAUCACUCUACCUUGACGCCAAAUCUUCAGCAAAGCUUUUGCACGAGCAGCAAGAGAAAUACAUCUCAUGAGAAACACACUAAUCGAAUGUUUUUGCUUCUUUUUAAGCCAUUAUGUAAUGCCUAUGACAAUGGAGAAAUCUUAAUUUAAUGGGAUACAAUUGGUUUCAUGAUAACAUUUAUUCGAUUGUUGCUUGCUUA